GCGCUCUGCCGGCGCACCUUCGAAACGGCGUACGGCCCCGCGCACUCCGGCUUCAACGAGUCGCUGAUCCCGUUCUACGCGGCGCACGUGCUGCAGAGCUCCUCGGCGCGCACGCCCGGCCACUUCGCGCAGCUCGUGCUCUCAGGGCGCUUCCGGCAGUGGGACGAGGGCAGCGCGGAGGGCAACCAGCGGCGCUACGGCCGCCCCGAACCGCCCGACUACGACAUCGGCCUCGUCUCAGCGCCCUCCGCCAUCUUCUACUCGGACGACGACAGCGCCGUCAGCCCCACGGCAGAAGGAAUUCUGCCUGUUGCAAGGCGGAGAGAACAGUGUCGAGGUCGCCCUGUGCAUCGCCUGAAGACAGAGGCUGGCGCCCCGGCGCAUAGUGCAGUGUGCCAUUUCAGCGGGAUCCGACGUGGAGCAUCUGAUGAGUCUGCAGAAGAACGUCGUGUUCCAGCUGAAAGUGCCCGACCGCCCCUACAACCACAUGGACUUCCUAUGGACCCCGAGCGCCGUCCAGACUCUGUACGACCCCAUAUUCAAAUUACUCGCUCAGUUCUAGCGCACACGACGUCUGGCCGGGAACGAAGCGACAGAUUUCUCUACAAGACACAAACGUUUGAUCGUUGUACGUUUUCAUGACAAGUCGUGUUGUGUCUAAAUGAAAUUUACAUUUUCAUAUCCUCUGAAAUGCAAUAAAAGGAAGUUUUAAUUUAAAAUUUUCUUUGUCGAUGAGAGUGUUUGUAAAUGUUUGGUUAACGUUUCGUAUAAUUCACUUACAAUGUGUUUUUAUCUUACAGCUAGUUAUAAAUAAAUGUUUUUGUUAAUAUAAGAUGAAAAAGAGUUAAGAAGUCGUUUAUUCUUCGUAAGACUGAAAAAUAAAUAUCCAGUUAUUAGUUUAGCAGUUACAUAGGAUAAUAAAAUUAAGAUAAUGAAUUAUUGUUCAGUAAAUAAAUGUAAUACUUUUUUAUAGACGACUCUCUUUAUUUUUUAUUGUUGAUGUACAAACUAUGAAGUAGCAAUAUUAACUCAUUAAUUAGCAGAGCAUAACAGAGACUACAGUUACCAGGUCACAGGAUAAAUCAAACUAUGGAAAACAAAUGCCAUGGAUUAUAAUGAAUUUUAUUUUCUCACGCGAUAAACUACUACCAUCAAUACUCGAAACGGCUUAUUAUAACUUGCCACAAACAAAGUUUCAAAUAAAUUGUAUUAAAAAUUGACGUCUUCUGAAAGAAAUAUAGCCAGAAUGUGUUCUUCAAAUGCAGUAUUAUAAUUACAAUACUGGACUUUGUGCAAUGUAAUUUUAUAAUACAUUUAUGUC